CAGCAGCAAGGUGCUGACGGCAGUGGGUCUACAAAUGAACGAGAGAUGAGAAUAGGGAGACUGCAGCGCCAGAAAGUUCGAGUAUCCCGAAAUAGGAUAUUAGAUUCUGCUGCAAAAGUUAUGGAGAUGUAUUCUAGCCAGAAAGCUGUGCUCGAAGUAGAAUAUUUUGGUGAAGUUGGUACUGGUCUAGGCCCUACACUUGAGUUUUACACACUUCUAAGCCAUGAUCUGCAAAAGGUUGCCCUUGGGAUGUGGAGAUCAAAUUCUGGUGACAAGGUAUCUAUGCAAAUUGAUAGAGAUGAGAUUGAAGACGGAAAGUCAUAUGCAGUUAGGGACAGAGAGAUAGUUCAGGCCCCACUUGGGCUGUUUCCUCGGCCUUGGCCCUCAACAGCUGACGUAUCUGAAGGUGGUCAGUUUCAUAAAGUCAUUGAAUAUUUCCGCCUUUUAGGGCGUGUGAUGGCCAAAGCACUUCAAGAUGGACGGCUGUUGGACGUCCCACUGAGUACAGCGUUUUAU